CUAAUAACUUCCAUCCCUACAAACACUCUUAAGCUCUCAUAGUUGCAUCCUAUUUUCGAGUUGAAGAAAGUAAGAAAAUAUCAGCAACUACUAGAGUUUAAGAUGGCUUCAAAAACUCCUUCUUCCCUUGUUGUUCUUUUCCUCACACUCAACAUCCUCUUCUUUGCCAUUGCCUCUGCCACUAAGCCAAGGCACGGAGGUUACGGUGGUUCCGGAGGUUCAGGUGGCUCGGGUGGUUCAGGAGGCAAUGGAGGCUCUGGUGCCUCAUGCCCUCGUGAUGCACUCAAACUAGGAGUGUGUGCCAAUGUUCUAAACGGGUUGCUGAACGUGACACUGGGUCAACCACCAGUUACCCCUUGCUGCAGCCUCCUCGAUGGUCUCCUUGACCUUGAAGCUGCAGCGUGCCUCUGCACUGCCCUCAGAGCAAACAUCUUAGGCAUCAACCUCAACCUUCCCAUCUCACUCUCCCUCCUUCUCAACGUUUGCUCAAGGCAGGUUCCCCGUGAUUUCCAAUGUGCCUGAUCAUGGCCUAUACACAAUUAUCGUGUUUUUUAUUCCUUCCUUUCAUUUCUUUCGUGCUUUCUUAUUCAUCCAGGUGUGAUUCUUGUACGUGCAUGGAUGGUAUUAACUCCAUCUGCAGUGUUUUGUUUUAAAUAAAUUAAUGCUUUCUUAUGUAAAGCAAAACAAUCAAAUAUGUCCGUUAUUAUUUUUUAACUGAGAAAUGAAAAUGCUUUUACAAGUAACAUACUUCUUCAUUUAUAGCC